GGAGGCUCAGCCCGGGUGAGGCGCGCAGCAGCAGCAGCAGCGGAAGCAGGAGGCGGCUCGACAUAGUAGUCCACAGAGCAGCAUCGGUGAGGGGCGAUCGACACGAGACUUGCUGUCAAAGGAACAACCAUGGUCAACAGUGAUCUGAUCUUCGGCGGGAUUGAAGGGGGCGGCACGCACUCGUGGGUGGUGCUGCUGGAUGGCUGCGGCCGCAAGAUUGCCGAGCUCGAGGGGCCGUCCACCAACAAAUGGAUGUUGGGGUUGACGGAGUGCCUCAAGCGAGUGUGGCAGCUGGUGCAGGACGCCAAGAAGCAGGCCGGCGUGCCUCCCGACACUGUCCUCGAGGCGCUGGGCUUGUGCCUAAGUGGGUGUGAAGAGGAUCAGACCAACCGGGAGCUAGAGGCAACUAUCAUGGCUCAGUAUCCCACCUUAGCACGCCACAUCACCGUCGCAUCAGACACUUACGGCUCCAUAGCAACUGGCUGUCAGAGAGGUGGAAUUGUGUUGAUUAGUGGAACAGGAAGCAAUGCUCUACUAGUUAAUCCAGAUGGCCGCACUGGCCGAUGUGGUGGCUGGGGUCACAUGCUUGGAGAUGAGGGUGGAGCAUUCUGGAUAGCUAGCCGAGGUGUAAAGGUGUUGUUUGACGAAGAAGACAAUUUGAUUGAUCCCAAGUUUAGUACAGAAAGGUUAAGAAAUGAGGUCUACAGCCACUUUGACAUCAAGGAUAGGUUUGGGAUGCUGGAGCACGCUUAUUCAUUAUUUGAGAAGUCCAAGUAUGCAGGUCUCACAGCAAAGAUAGGAAAGGCAGCUAUGGAAGGGGAUGCAAUGUGUGCCCACAUCUUCUAUGAGGGAGGCUAUGCCCUUGGCCGCCACAUCUCUGCACUUUCCAGAAGCAUUGACUCUGAAUUAUACGAGGGAGAAAAUGGGCUUCAGAUAGUAUGUGCCGGAUCUGUGUGGAAGUCCUGGGAACUGCUGCGUGCAGGCUUUCUAGAUGGAGUUCAACCACAUUGUGAGAAAGACGUUCCUCUGCCAAAGUUCACCUUGGUGACGCUAACGGUAACAAGUGCCAUGGGGGCUACUUACCUGGGAGCAAAGAAGGCAUCCUACAAUUUGCCUUGUGACUACAGCAAGAAUGUCCACCCCAUAUUUCAAUACUCCCACAACAGUUACAUAUCCUCUACGAUGCCUCAAAAGUCAGUCUUUACAAAUAAAUGCAGUAGGUCACUGGGUGCAGCUAAUGGAGACACAAGAAAUACCAAUGGAGAAAGAAAAAUUACCGAGAUGGUUAAUGAGUCAGGACACACCAAUGGAAAUAUCAAUGGAGAAAAUGGACAUGCAAAAUUCAAUACCCAGCUAAAUGAUGUAUCAGUUGGACUAAAAUCCAUGGCUAUUGAAAAGCCUAUCAGCACUUAGAUAUUAAUCUCUGUCUCUCUCUCUCAAAUAAAAUACAGAGCAGGUUCCUGAAUUUUGCAAGACUACUUGUCAUAUUUUCAACCAGACGAUAUUUUCAACCUCCAUAGUUUUACGGAUUUUCCCAACACUUUUAUAUCAUGAGUGAAAUGCACUUUACAAUUGUUGUUGAUGGAAUGUGGAAGGAGCACUCGAGCAUGAAACAAUCAGCCCCUAUUUACUUCCCCUCAUAGAAAAACGGGGUAAAUGCUUGUAGGGGUUGAGUGGGAGAUAUGUACAAGAGUGAGCAAGUGUAUGAUAAGUUGUGUUUACAUAGUUGGGAGAAGGAGGAGUGGUAGAGAACAUUAUUUGAAGAGAAAGCAUUCACCGAGCUUCCACCUUUCCUAUGUAGAAUACCAGAAUAGCUAUAUUUUUUAUUAAGUUUUAAGGCUAUUAGCCAAAUUUAUAAGUUAUGCAUGUGUUAUGUCACUAACAUUUGUUUGUUUCGUAUUACUAAGUUUGGAUAAUGAAAAGUGCAGUAACCUAAGAUACAGACAAGUAUAUAAAUUCUUCCCCUCGUUUAGUUGACCAAUAUUCCAAAUUUAUGUGUCACUAAUAUUUGUAUAUUUUCACCCACUAAUAAGUUUAUAGGAGAAAAUAAGUAGUGAAUUAGGCAUAGAUCUAUCAAAGUUUUUAUAUUAUAUUGACUGACCCAAGUUCUUUUUAUUUUAAUUUGUUUGUCAACUGCAUGAGAAUCUGAAUAAAUAUCGAUGUUUC